CAAAAUCCAAGGCAAAAUUUAGAUACUUCAACUAUACAAAAGCACCAAUUCUUUGGUCUCCUCCCUUUUUAUUGCGUCAGGAUGUGUAGCUUCUUCAAUAGAAUCACCACAGCAUAGAACACAAGUAGAAUUACCACAGAGCCCAGAAUUGAUAUCACUCACUGGUCUACAGACAAGAGUCAUGAGUCACCUGCUUGGAACUGAACAGGCCUCAGAACCCAGGAAAGCCACAAAGAAAACCCAGGCGCAGUUCCGUUUCAGUAAUGCAGCAGGAGAUCGCCUGCUGGAGUUUAGCCUUCAACAUGCUUCCCAGAAGCAUCUGAAGGCCAGCAGGCAUGGCUACUGCAAAAAUUUUGCAUCACCUCCAGAGAAGCUCAUCGCUGGAAUCCUGGGCACCAUCUGGUUUACCUUAUUGAUUGCUCUAGUAAUCUCAACCAGAAUUGUUUCUCCAUAUGCUGAACUGAAGAAGCAGAUCCACCCCUUCUUGGUUAGAACCCAGAAAGGCUCACACGCCUUGCUCUCCAAAGAUAUAAACUACACUCUAUCUUCAGCACAGCCUUGUCCUCAUUGUCCAAAGGAGUGGAUAUCAUAUUCUCACAAUUGUUAUUUCAUUGGUAUGGAGAGAAAAUCUUGGAAUGACAGUUUGGGGUCCUGCCUUUCCAAAAACUGUAGUCUGCUUCACAUAGAUAGUGAAGAGGAGCAGGAUUUUCUGCAAUCUCUUUCACUGGUCUCAUGGACUGGAAUCCUUCGGAAGGGCAGAGGUCAGGCCUGGGACUGGAAAAAAGACUCAAUUUUCAAACCAAAGAUAGCAGAGAUUUCCCAUGAUGAAUGUAACUGUGCCAUGAUGUCAGCUUCUGGUCUCACAGCAGACAACUGUACAACUUUACAUCCAUAUCUUUGUAAGUGUAAAUUCCCCAUCUGAAACACCUGCACUGGAAGUCUGCCAGAUCUCUGGCUCCCUUUAGAUGAAUUUGCAACUAGAAUCCAAAGGAUCAUCAGCUUUCUCUAACUGUCCUGUUCGACGG